AAAUAGUAUAUAACAAGGGGGGGAAAUAAAAUCAAGUUGGAACUAAAGUCACACAAAAAAUCCGUCACGAGCCGGUUUUACUGUAACACAAAACGUCAUUGAUCCGGAGCUGUAAUACUACACCGACUGUUGAAAUGGAAGGGGGAGGGACAGCGGGCGUCGACCUCAGCAGGAAGUUUGUGACCGAAGCGGAGCUCGAUGAGAAGAGGAAGCAAAGGCAGGAGGAGUGGGAGAAAGUCAGGAAACCUGACGACCCAGAGGAGGCACCAGAGGAGAAGUAUGACCCGCGUUCCCUCUUUGACCGACUACAGGAGCAGAAAGACAAGAAGCAGGAGGAAUUUGAGGAGCAGUUCAAAUUCAAGAACAUGGUGAGAGGAUUGGACGACGAUGAGACCAGCUUCCUGGACGAGGUCUCCCGGCAACAGUGCCUCGUGGAGAAGCAACGCAGGGACGAGGAGAAGCAGGAACUGCUGGAAUACAGAAGCGCUGUCGUGAAGCAAGCAUCCACUGAAAGCCGCAAAGAGCCUGAGAAGAAGGCGGCGCCAAAACAUUCAGGUUCAGAGCAGAGGACGAGUCACCUGUCUCAGGCCCAUCUAUUGGUCGGAGCCGUCAAGAGACGGAAUUCCUCCCAGUCGUCAGACGGCAGUAAGAAACAGAAGGUGGAAGUCACAUCGGAAACAGGAAAUGGAGACAGACACACAGAGCAGGAGCGAGGAGGAGGAGGAAGAAGAGGAUCAGGGGGAGCUGAAGAUCAGCAGACAGUCCCCAGCCUCACGGCGAAGACCACCUCGGCUCCCCUGACCUCCAGUGAGGGCGUGGUUCACCUGCCGGCAGCAGCCGUGUGCGUCGGCGUUUUACCAGGACUGUGCGUUUAUUCCAGCAGCAGCGACUCUGACAGCAGCUCGGACAGCGAAGUUUAAGGCGAGCGACCAAUCCCGCGCUGCCUACCCUGACGACAUCCUGCCCCCCCUCCCUUCACUUCCCCCCAUCCCAACACAAGCCACAGCGACUGCAAGCUGUGCUAUUGGCUGAGGGAACAGUGAUUGACAGCUGUGGAGCAAGGACGAGACCGCGCUAAUAAGACUGUGUCACAUGACUCACACCCUUUUUUUAAGCAAUGUGCAGCAGAGGAGCGAGCGGGAUUUGGGCUACAUAAAGAGUUUGAAUGGUUUGAAAACAUGUUGUGUGUUCUUUGUUUAUUUGUGUGUGCGAUGUGAUGCGUUGUUUGUUUUUCAAAGUAAGAUCAUGCUGGAAAGAUGCUGGACUGUUCUUUUUCUGCCGAGUCAGGCUUUGGAGUCUGAGCAGUGAAAUAAAGAGCUUUUCCCCUUGUA